AUGCCGAUUCGGACUCAACCCGCUGUGUCUCGUGCACACCGCAUCACUCCACACCGCACUCCAUACCGCGUCACUCCACACCGCACUCCACACCGCAUCACUCCACACCGCACUCCAUACCGCGUCACUCCACACCGCACUCCACACCGCAUCACUCCACACCGCACUCCACACCGCACUCCAUACCGCGGCACUCCACACCGCAUCACUCCACACCGCAUCACUCCACACCGCACUCCAUACCGCGUCACUCCACACCGCACUCCAUACCGCGUCACUCCACACCGCACUCCACACCGCACUCCACACCGCACUCCACACCGCACUCCAUACCGCGGCACUCCACACCGCACUCCACACCGCAAUCCAUACCGCGUCACUCCACACCGCACUCCACACCGCGUCACUCCACACCGCACUCCACACCGCACUCCAUACCGCGGCACUCCACACCGCAUCACUCCACACCGCAUCACUCCACACCGCACUCCAUACCGCGUCACUCCACACCGCACUCCACACCGCGUCACUCCACACCGCACUCCACACCACACUCCAUACCGCGGCACUCCACACCGCAUCACUCCACACCGCAUCACUCCACACCGCACUCCAUACCGCGUCACUCCACACCGCACUCCAUACCGCGUCACUCCACACCGCACUCCACACCGCAUCACUCCACACCGCACUCCACACCGCACUCCAUACCGCGGCACUCCACACCGCAUCACUCCACACCGCACUCCAUACCGCGUCACUCCACACCGCACUCCAUACCGCGUCACUCCACACCGCACUCCACACCGCAUCACUCCACACCGCACUCCACACCGCAAUCCAUACCGCGUCACUCCAUACCGCAUCACUCCACACCGCAUCACUCCACACCGCACUCCAUACCGCGUCACUCCACACUGCACUCCACACCGCAUCACUCCACACCGCACUCCACACCGCAAUCCAUACCGCGUCACUCCAUACCGCAUCACUCCACACCGCAUCACUCCACACCGCACUCCAUACCGCGUCACUCCACACCGCACUCCACACCGCAUCACUCCACACCGCACUCCACACCGCAAUCCAUACCGUGUCACUCCAUACCGCAUCACUCCACACCGCAUCACUCCACACCGCACUCCAUACCGCGUCACUCCACACUGCACUCCACACCGCAAUCCAUACCGCGUCACUCCAUCCCGCGUCACUCCACACCGCACUCCACACCGCACUCCACACCGCAUCACUCCACACCGCACUCCACACCGCAAUCCAUACCGCGUCACUCCAUACCGCAUCACUCCACACCGCAUCACUCCACACCACACUCCACACCGCGUCACUCCACACCGCAUCACUCCACACCACACUCCACACCGCGUCACUCCACACCACACUCCACACUGCAUCACUCCACACCGCAUCACUCCAUACCGCACGCCAUACCACACUCCAUACCGCACGCCAUACCACACUCCACACCGCAUCACUCCACACCGCAUCACUCCACACCGCAUCACUCCAUACCACACUCCAUACCGCACUCCAUACCGCGUCACUCCACACCACACUCCAUACCACGUCACUCCACACCGCAUCACUCCACACCACACUCCACACCACGCUCCAUACUGCGUCACUCCACACCGCAUCACUCCAUACUGCACUCCACACUGCACUCCACACUGCACUCCACACUGCACACCAUACUGCACUCCAUACUGCACUCCACACUGCACUCCACACUGCACACCAUACUGCACACCACACCGCACUCCACACCACAUCACUCCACACUUCUGUGCACUUGCGGACCAGCUGACGUGUGCACCUUGGCCUUAA